AUGUACUCAUUCGAUGAGACACCAAGCGGGGAAAAUCAAUGUCAUUGGAGUAAUUUCGAAGUAUGGUCUUUUUUCUGUCCAAUCUCCAACUAGCUCAUUGAAGAACCAGUGAUUAGUAAGUACGGUCACAUUUACGAGAAAAAAAGCAUCAUGGAGUGGAUAAAAAGGAAGUCUGCUUGUCCAAUAACAUACAAAUCUCUCAAGAAUGAAGAUCUGAUUCCAAUUUACUCACUAAAGCAGGAUAUUUAAGAAUAUAAAUAAAGAUUAUAAAGUCAGAAAACCACUCAAGGCUAAAAAUGA